AUUACACGAGUUUCUUCCCAAAAUGUUGCCCUCGUGGCCAAAUUUAUUUAAAUAAUACUUGCCAGGAUUCCAAAACAAGCAUGGAAAAAUUUAAAUUUAACGUUUCAAUUAUGUGCAAUAAUGUUUUGUUAGGAGUUGAUGACACAUUUGAACCGCAAAACAUUGUUUAUGGAGAUCCUUGCUCGGAAGAGAAAUACAUGCUAGAACCUGAGGAUGUAUUCGCCAUUUCUCUAGACGGAAAUUUGUAUAUAAAAAACAAUGCUGGCAGAUACGAUGUGUAUAAUUCAAAACAGUACUGUAUGGAAACUGUUGAUGAUACUUUAGAAGUCUUAGUGUGCUUUGGUACCGAAAAACUUUUGUACAUAUAUGCAGCCGUUGAACUGAUUUCAGUGGCUUUUCUCAUCGUGACAUUUGUAGUUUAUACAUUUGUUAAAAAACUAAGAACAGUCCACGGUUUGGCUUUGCGAUGUCAUGUGUCCUGUUUAAUAGUCGCUUUUUCAGUAUUGGCAGCCGUUCAAUUGGCUGGAGGACGAGAAAUACCGGAUUGGAUGUGCAUUACAGCAGGUUACGUGAUAGAAAUUUCAUUCCUCGCCUAUUUUUUCUGGUUGACAGUGAUGUGCAUAGAAACUUAUAAAAGUAUUACAGCAAAUAUUAAUACGCAAAUUAAUGGAAAUAGAGAGAUUAAUGGAAAAAUUAACGACAAAAGAAGAUUAAGGUAUUAUCAUUGUGGAGUUUGGGGUCUGACACUCGUCAUAGGAUGUGUAACAUCUAUUUGCCAAUUUGCACCAAUAAUACCAUCUACCUAUUAUAGGCCAACUAUAGGAAGGACCUCGUGCUGGUUUGAAAAAAAUUCAUCAUCCUUUUACUACUUCUAUCUACCAAUGGGUGUGUCAUUGAUUGUGAAUUUUGUAACGUUUUUGUGGACGUUUAAAAUCCAGAGACAAACACAACCUCAGUUUAAAACCUUGUUUCGCAAAUCCUUCCUGCUAUUUCUGAUGAUGGGUCUGAAUUGGUUUUCAGAAAUUCUGACUUGGGCAUUCCCCGAAUAUAUUCCAACAGAAUUGUUGACAGGUUUUGAUAUUUUCAAUGCAUCUCAAGGGAUCAUUAUAUUUUUACUUUUCGUCUGUCACAAAAAUUUGAAUUAUGUAAAAAAAGAAAUCGUGACGAGGAGAGACACUUUCCGAAGACAAAGAUCUGCUGAACCAAAAGGGACUGAAAUGAAAUUGCUGGGCCGAAAAUAGAAGAAGAAAGAACUAAUUUUGAAUUUAUUUGUGAAAUUCAGAAAUUUUUACAAUAAU